UUGGGAGUGAUAGAGUCAGUCAACAACACGCCUUCGUCGAGUCAACAUCAAGUUAUCAAGGAGAAUAUUAUGGAUAACCGCAAGAUUACAAAUGCAAUUAGGGACCACGUGGUCAUAAUAGGGCCCUGUGAUUCUGCUGACUUCGUAUUACAAAUUCUGCAUAACGGCGCUCCGGUCCCGGACCGCAGACCCCCUGCCGCAACAGCUGGUCGUUCGAGCUGGAUCUGGGCGGUGGGUCAACAACACAAAAUGGCUAACCCCAGGAUAAUAGGAUUCAUCAUAUUUUCGAUGUUGACCCUCGCCGCCGCAAAUGUUCCGAAAUACAAACUCAAUAACGGAAAUGAGAUGCCCGCUAUUGCUCUGGGGACUUACUUGGGGCACGACGAGAACGGCAAGAUGAAGUCCAUCAACAAGCAGCUGAGGGACGUGGUGAUGCAAGCUGUAGACGUGGGCUACAGACACUUCGACACCGCCCAGAUCCAGCUCGAACGACCAACUGUUGCGGCCGGGGGUCUGCGGUCCGGGACCGGAGCGCCGUUAUGCCUGAGAUAA